AUGAUCCCUCUGUCUCUUUCCUUCCCCCGCCACCCUCUCCCUCUUGCAGUGCUGCUGGCCAUCAACCAGAAGGGCCCCAUCACGCUUUUCCUCCCCACCGACCCCUACACCAUGUACACAGCCUACUCUGCGGGCUACACCGCCCAGGACUUUGCCAUGCUCGGCAAAAACAACAUGAUCCCUGAGCACCAUCCCUACAAGGACUUUGUGCAUGACUCUGCAGGUACGACAUACACCACAGUGCUGGGCGAGAAGGUGAAGAAGUGGAAUGGAAAACGCACCAAGCUGGUGGCUUUCAAGGCGGCUAAGGGCCUGCCCAGCCUUGUUACAUGGCCCAACAUGUUCCAAGGGGAUACGCUUGUCAUUCACCUCGUGUCUCUGGCUUUGAUUCCCUCAUCCAUGUAG